UCAUACACUAUUCUUGGUCACCAAAAUACGACAAUCGGAUGUCAGCUUUGCCCAGACUGUGCCCCAGGUCAUCAACUAACUCCACCAUGUGGCAGUAAAUUACAGCAAAAUGCUGCCUCAAUAACCUGUACGACAUGUCCAUCCCAAAGUUAUAAAGAGAGACAUGGUAGUGCAUCAUGUGAAGUGUGCAGGACAUGUCACCCGAGAGAGAUCACUAGCCCAUGUACAUCAGAGACAAAUGCACACUGCGGAGGCUGUCCUCGUGGAACCUACCAAUGGGGCUACACAGUUGACUCUUGUAAAAAAUGCUCAACUUGCUGUGCAAUAAAACGCUUUGCCGAGGUGGAAUGCUUUUAUCUGAGGCGAUGCUUGAGAAAAAACUGCACCAAAGAAAUGGAAACUGGGGAACGCAACCCUCAACAAGUAGAUGCUACAAAUUCUCAAAGUGUGCGAAUGCCUAGAAGAGUGACACCUCCUGUGCCAAUGCCACUCCAUGACCUUUCUUCAGGUAACAACUCAGACCAACUAAAAAAACAGGGUUUACAGGUCAUAGUAUCCAAGUUAACGAGAAGAAGAGUUACAACAGAGGUGCUGCAGGCCAUACAAAGAGAAAAUGUAGAAUCUGCUUCAAAUAUGGCCAAGGAAGAAAUACAUUCUACUCAAAUCAUCUCAAGCAGUACCCACAACACCACCACUGAACCACAGAAGGGAUUUGGAACUCUUCCCAGCGGCAAUGCUGUGGAGCCAACGUUGCUGAUGGCUGUAAGCUACCUUAGUGAAACCAUUAAACACUUGAUAGCUGUGUUUAUUUCACUUGCAGUGAUACUUGGAAUUAUUGCACUUACUUCCGUUGGUUUGCUCAUAAUAAUAUGCUGUAAACCUCAGUCAAGUGGUAUUACGAUGACCUGUUGUGCACAAUACAUAAAUCGCAAUUAUGAAGGAUUUGAGCCUGUUACAUGUGACACAACACCUAAAAAAGGCAAGUUAUGCAAUAAAGAGAGAAAACUUACAUGCGGAGGGUUCCUGCCCUGCUUUGCUUUUCCACACAAGCAAAUAGGCUAGUUAUCUACAAAAAGACAAAUAUAUCAAACUGUUCACUGGGCAUGUACGGAAAAUUGGGAAGAAAUCAUGAGGCAGAAUAUUUUACCUAAACAACUUUAUGCUGCAAUUUCAAAACUGAAAUGCGAAGAGACUGACAUUUGCAUGAGGGGUGAGGCUUCAGCCCCUCCCCUUCCCUCUUCCCCCCAUUCUUCCCCACCCCCCCCCCCUUAACUCUCAAGGAUAGUUAAGCCUUGCAGCAAUGCCACGAAUUAUUGCACAAACUGUUUUGUACAUCAAGAUAAUGAUUAAAAAGCAAAACUAACUAAAUUACAAAACAGUCACACUUAACAUUACCACAAGAUAGUACAGUUGAUAAUAAAAACAGUAUCUGAUCAGUUGUAGAUAUUUUCAGUGCAAUUUCUUUUAAUAAGCUUAACCUUUGGAGGUAAUCAUGACAUACUGAAAUUUCCCAUUGUAAUUUUUCAGAUUAUGUUGACCUAGUCAAUGGCAUUCAGGACGCUUUGAACAAAACCACCUCAACAGAUGGCAAAGCUUCUGUUGACCUUGAAAGUGAGUUUCCAUAUAUUUAAUAUAGUUAAUAAUUAAAGACUAGGUUGGAGCUUUAAAAUACCUUCAAAUUGUUUGCAUGGCUAUUAUGUUUAGUCCUUUCUGUGGUUUGCAAUUUGUUUCCUUUUUGUUGUUGCAAUUGUAAUUUUUUUCUUUUGUUUUUUUUUGCUUUUGAAAAUUGGGAUAUGGAACACUGAGAAUCAGGCAUGACUGUAAUCACCAUGUAACUUUCCUCUCCCUGACAUUACUACCACAUUUUUCAUUUCCUUGAUACACAAGCAGUAGCCUCCAUUCAUUGCAGUGAUAUGGUCAGAUAUUUGUUCUUGGACAUAAAUAUUUGUUCCUCGGAGCUUCCACUUUUCUCUGAGCUUUGCUCUCAGAAAAUUGUACUCUCCUUGCAAAGGUAAAUAAUAUAUCUGUGACAAAUGGAUGCUUGCAGCUCCUUUGAAUCUCCAUUCUUUGAUGAGUAAUCAACAGUUUAGUUUAUUAAUCAAUAUAUUGAUUCUAAUGCUUACAGGUUUGAAAUUGACCAACAUAUCCCAAGAUGUCGAAGACAUACUCGUGAAAACACUUGAUGUGCCCCUAAUGGGGAGGGCUUUAAAUAUGGGCUGGUGGGAGAGCUUAUUCAUUGACUUAAGUUCAUGGCUUUCUUUUUACACCUAGCUGAUCCCUGAAUAUGCCAUGCAAUGAGGACAUGAAUAUAAAAAUACCGUGGUGAUAGGCUGAAUUUGCCUAGGCCUUAAAUUUAGUAAAGACAGAAAUGUCUCCAAAAAUGUAAAUAUAGUUAUUUUAAGGUGUGCAGUAUUUAAAAAUGUGUUUGUUUUUAUUGAACACAGUUUUAAGAAAAUAAUAUAAAAAUGAUACUGACAUGCAAUAAAAUGUUUAACAUUUUACUGGAAAUGUUAAUGGACAACUGUAAAUGUGGGUGUUUUAGGAUAAAUAUAACUUAAAAGUUCACUGAUUUUUAACAUAGUUUUGAUAGAAUAAUACAAAAAAUGGUAUCACCAUGUGAUAACUGUUGAGCAACGUUUAGCAGAAAUAAUCAUGAUUGAAUAACCUAAGACAUGUAGAUAUUUUAGGGCACAUAUUAAAUAAAUAAAACUAAUUGCAACUUUGAGGUGUUUUCCUCGAAUUAUACUGACGACUAGAUUGGGGAAAAUUAUUACUCGAGCAUCAGAGAGCAAAGUCUGAGUGUAGGUUUCAGCUUCCAAUUCGUUUUUUUUUUUCCUGUUAAUUCAAGCAUUGGGUGACAGUGAACUCGACGCCCCAGCUGAAAGGGUCUUUCCUGGGAAAAUUGGUCAAAUACACAUACCAUGAGAAAAAUAGUCCCUUACCUUUGUAAUUACUGCAUCAAUUGAAUUAUAGCUUGAGGAAUAAUCUCUAAAAUGGUCCUUGAUCUCUUUCUUUUCGUUUCCAAACAAACUGUCCGCCAUUUUGUGUGAUAUUUGCUAGCAAGUGUUCUGAGAAAAUACCCCUUUGGGAUUUGACUUGCGUCCGACUCGGGCCCAGUAGUUUCGCGCUUAAUUUUUCAAAAAUUGGCAGCCUCAGGAUGGUGACCGCAGUUCUCUGUUCCUGUUGCGCAAUUUUGCGAGAGAAGAAAUCGUUUUUCAAUAUGGUACGCUGGUCUAGUGAGAGGACACGAGGACCAACAAGAGAGGAUAGACAAACCUACAUGUAUAUCAAAAUUGUUCGAGAAAAAAUUUAAAAUAAACCACGUGAGGCGGGUGAUGUGGUGCAGCUCGCUUUUACAUUACCUGUGUGUUUCAUUUCGAGGGAAAAAGUUGCGUGACUUAGAUGAAAUCAGAAAUGGUCACAAAAGAAAUGAUGGCAUUUACUUUUAAUUUCAAAACAGUGAAAGCCAUUUUAAAAUGAAAGUGACAGAAGCUGUUAUGAGAGCUACCUUAAGACUGAGUUGUUUACCAAUUUGGUGGAUUUCCGCUCCUCGAUCGAUUUUACGUCUGAAAUUUCGUUCCUUGAAUUGAUAUGAAGUAUGUAAAGAUGUUCCCUAAAGAGCCACGUUAUUCGGGUGUAUAUGCUUCCACUUUUUCCAACCAUUUUAUUAUCAUACAGCCAGCGAAGUGUCAGCGGUAAAGUGUAGAUUUAUUACAGUGUAUCAGAGGCCUUUAUCAUUCUUGCCAAAUACGUCAUCAUAGACAGUGUGGUCAAGGGGAUUCCCCGUUUGGGAAGUAUUGCUCGUCAGUAGGCCUCUAUUUGGCAUUGUUUCUGUUCUGGUUGUGUAUUUGCAAGAUGUCCUGAACAGUCUUCUAACGCUCGCUGCGUCUGACGUUUCUGGAAAAUAUCAAACUCUACGAGUCAUUUUGCAACGUGAAUGGGUUCGGAAACAGGCUGCUAAAAGAAGCGUCUUCAACUUGCCUUGACUUGUCAAGGAAACAAAUCAGCGAUCCCAACUAAAUCGUUUUAUCCACAACAUCGGAUUUGUUCUGCACAGAUCCCGUCUUGCGAUUGGUAUACCCAACACAAACAUCUGACUCAGCCAAAGAAAGGUACUUUUACUUUGCAUAUUCACCGACUCAAUUGUAAAUUCAAACGAGCCCUAGCCGGUAAUCGAUUUGUGUACAUGACUGCCUUCACAUGGAAACGGCGCAGUUUGAUUUGUUUGAGUUUUCAGUUCUUUCCUUCUAGGAAACUGCUUAAGGCAAAACAAAGCUUAAAGGGCCUGCCAAAUAAGGGCAGAUAGUCGAAUUCGUGACUUUUUUUUACAGCAGUAUUUCUUAGCUCUUAAGUUUGUACGCAUAAGCAUGUGAGCUUACUUUUCGUUCGCGUGUCGUUAUUUGAUUGGCCACUGAAAACGAUGUAAUUAAUCUUCGACUCGAAACUUCUAACUUUUGAUCAUAAUCUAAAACAGAAACGUUUUUGGGCUUUUGCACUAUCCAUAUCUGUACAAAAUCGCCACGUUUUCCUUGUGCCUCUACUUUUGGUUUCCAAAAAAGCGCUAAAAAUAUUCGCUGUUUACGACGUCAUUGUAAACAAUUGUCUGUCGGCAUGGGGUUCAAGUGAACGGUAGUGAAGGGUCAUUAAUUUAUCAUGAGCCGACAUUUGCGUGUCCUUGAGAGUAGCGAUUAAAAUAGUCACGCAAGAAGCACACGGGUAUGACAAUCAUUUUAAGGUUAAAAUAUAUAAUGGUUUCCUACAUGACAUACUCAAUCUGAUAAAAUGCAAACAUAGACAUGAAUGUUGUGUCUGUGAUUCGGCUCAACGGAGCCGUGAGUAUUCGUCUAAAGUGUCCCCUAUCGUUUUUGUGCGAAAAAUCUUUUUGAGCGAAAGCGAUCACACAAUACAAGAUGCAAUUUUCAAGUUUUUUCGUGGAUAUGAUCAUCUUGUUUGGGCAUAUGCGAGUAACCCAGUAAUGAUUUCGCAGCCAUCGGGAAAGAAUGUCACGCAAUUCUUCAAUAUCAUGUGUUCCAACGGUGACCACUUGAUCACCAUGGCUUACAUCGAGGAAGUUUAGCUUAGCACAUGUAUAAUGGGUUAGAUGCUUAAAUUAGUCGUGGAGUGAAUGAGGAUAAAUGGCAACAAUCGCACUCCGGACAUGUGUGCCAUUUAAAGCUUUGCAGAGUUAUAUAUAUAGUUUAACUCAAAUAUAUUCAAAACAGAUCUGUUCCAGAAUCGAAUCGCUUUAAUUGUCUCUAGAGUACGAAACAUCCACGCUGAUGGCGAUUCCAGGAUGGAAAGCUGUGUUUCUCUUGUUUGCCGUGGUAGUGCUGAUAUUGGUAAGUCAGUCUCCCACAACUAUAAAUAUUUAAUAAAUACUUCUAAAAUCUAAUUGUGGAGUGUUCAGUGGAAGCGCUUGUUAUUACAUUUUUUGUACCUUUCACAGCGGACAUUGGGGCCAUUUUUUUCGGUUCUUUCCACAGUUUGGGUUCAUACGCAAUUCGAUGAUGUUGAUUACUCAAAAUGCACCUAUAGUUACUCUUACACAUGAUAUCAUUCUAAGAACCGAUUAAUUUGAUAAGUACUCCUCCUGACUUAAGGAGGGGGAAGGGGGGUCAUUGCUGGAUAAGACAUCGUUCCUUUACCCUGAUAGUCUUAUUGAGGUAUUGAGGUUAAACUUGGUUGGAACAGGUUAUCCACGUCUUUAUUUACACUUAGAUACAAACAUUUAGCAUGCAAAUGAUCAUUGCUCAGAUGCCUGAACUACCUGUAAUUUCGCCGUUGGUUUCAUCUUCAGUGUAACCUGUAUUGUAAAACACUUUAGGAGCCAAAUGCGAACACUUGUGAUAGUCAGUCGAAUGGAAAAUACUAUAAUUGUUUGUUCAUCCAUCCGUUUACAGAGCCAGGUAUUGUUGCAAUGGUGGUGGUGGCGGCUAGACCAUAUCGCAGGAACUAAUGACACCUGUUUACCAGGAAAUUACAAGUUGAUCGGCAAUGACAGUACUGUCAUUAAAUGUCAGCCCUGCCGCCCCUGUGGUACAGGCAUGAAGCUUACUCCGCCAUGUGGCAGAACAGUGACUCUCGAUACCAUUGUGAUGUGUGUGCCAAUUGCAAUUCACGCCACUAAGAGGAUACCAAGGAAAACUCAUUUGCCUACGGAGGGGAUUAAACUUACAUACCUUUCAAAUGGCAAAGGAACCAACCAUCUCAGCAUCCGAAAUGGAAAAGUUUUCACCUGGUCUCCUUUGGAGGUGAACGAUAUCUAUAAGACGGAGAGGCUUGAUAACUCAAACUCAUCAAAACUGGAUGAGCAUUUUUCUUCACAUAAAAGGUCUACACCGGAUAUACCACGCACGACGACGGUUCCAUCUAGAGCACAUUCCCUUCCGUAUACGGUUAAGCGUUGGGAGAAGAAAUAUGACAACCAGUCAUUACUAUUAAGUAGACCACGACGACCGUUGAUACAGCAAUCGAAAAGGCCAAAACAUUUCACAACACCAUACACAGAAGGGUUGCAUGGAAAAACAUCUAACGCCACCUGGGGAUCUCAGAUUAUAAACAUUACUUAUGUGCUAGGUGGUUUUCCGUGGGUCGAAGUUGUAGUGGUUGUUGUGCUUGUCAUAAUUUCCGUAUUGCUUGGAUUUGUGGUGUGGCUUCUGAAUAGUAUCAGACACAUUAUUUGGAAUAAGGAUUGCCGAGACUAUCAGAGAUUAAAGAGCGCAGAGUCAAUUGAAGGUGGGCGAAAAAUCAUUAUGUGUAUUGUAAUUAUUUUUUAGGAACUUAAUUCCGCAUCGAGUUUGCUUAAAAAAACACCCAUAAAUCUUGUGUCUUUUUUCUUUUUAUACACAUCUUUCUUCGGUCACAAAAUUCAUCCGUGUACAUUAAUAAAUAAUCUGGCUUAUUGGUUCUAAAUUGCACCCGAAAUCAUUUAAAUAUCUUUUCACAUAGAGCGUCAACUUUGCGUAUUAUUUCAUCUAACUCGUUUACUUUGUUCAUCUGUUUUCAAAGAAAUGUCGUACUCCUCUGACGAUGCUGAUCAUUUAAACGUAAAGAAUUCAACCGACCUGUCUACCUCUCCUGAUGAUCUUAAAGGUGAGAGGCUGCAUCUGCGUUAUAAAUAUACCCCAUUACUACCGUAUUGAUUUGAUUUAGCGCCUGGGCGCUUAUUGACUUAUGGUACCUUAAGGGAGGGCCCCCAUUCAGAACAGGGCGCUUGUUAGAGACAGGGCGCUUAUUUCUUUUUUGAAAUACAGCAGUAUGCGCGAAACAAAGCUUUGAUGUCUACCCAAAAGGAUCAGGAAGACUGGAAAAUGGACUUGCUCCUGAUUCUUCCUGGGCAGAUCGACCAGCUAAGUAAUCGCUGCAAAAUAUGAAGACGAGGUCAUUUGCUUGAAGGAACUGUGCACUCACGUGAGCAUAAUAGAGAGACUGUGAGGAAGACCACUGUCUUUGCAAUGAGGACAUUAGAGGAAAAUGAGCCACGUUUUAUGUAAUGUAAUGGUACUCGAACAGUGAUAUUACUGAAACAGAAUAGGGACACUUAUCCGAAUAGGAGUGCUAAUUGGAAUGAGGCCGCUCAUUGGUAUUCGGGCGUUUUUAAAAAAGAGCAAAUUCGAUGGAGCCCCUCAUAGAGAGACAGCGCUUAUUGGAACGAAGCGUUGUAUCGAAUCAGUACAGUACGUCAUUCGUUGAAAUUCACAAGAAUACAUAUCUGGGCCAUUUACCAAAUAUUAGCCAGAUUUAAUGCCUCUUGCUGUUGACUUCAAACGAUUUCAGGUUGCCGAGGAAAUCCGAGUUUCAACUAUGACAAACUUCUUCAAUUUUUCAGGUCUCAUAUUGUCCGAGCUACCUCCAGAUCUUGAAGUCUUACUGGUAGAGAAACUGGACGUGCGACGCAAAGGUGAAAGUUUCUAUGGUUGGCAAAAAGUGGGUGCUGCAUUUAAGAUCUGCAGAGAUGAACUCCGUCACCUAAAUAUUGAAUACAAAAGAGAAAACGGAAGUCCAACCAGCAAGCUGUUAUUGAAACUUGGAACUUCUAAAUGUGCGACAAUAUCCGACCUCAUCGAUGUAUUGAAGAGUCGUAAAGUAAACCGCCACGAUGUCGCAUCUCUCGCCAUUCAAUUCAUUCAAACAGUCAGUAAUUCCCAACAUGCAUAA